AUGGAUAGGAUAACGUUUCGCGUAAAUGGUGAAGCUUGUUCAGCGGGAUCUGAAGUGGAUUCAGAUGAAAGUCUGAAUGAUUUUUUACGAAUCAGGCUGAAUCUUCGCGGUACUAAAUAUAUGUGCAAGGAGGGUGGUUGUGGCGCCUGCAUUGUGGCUGUCACCGCUCCUGACCAUGAUGGCCACAAACGGACAUUUGCGGUUAAUUCGUGUCUAACGAGUAUACUGUCUUGUCAAGAUUGGGAAAUAACGACCAUCGAAGGUUUAGGUGACAGACAGGGCUAUCAUCCCAUUCAACGCACCUUAGCAGAGCAUAAUGGCAGCCAAUGCGGAUAUUGCACGCCCGGAUGGGUAAUGAAUAUGUAUAGUUUACUUGAAGCAAACAAUUACAAUAUAACUCAGUAUGAAAUCGAGAAUUCGUUUGGUAGUAACAAUUGCAGAUGCACUGGGUACAGACCAAUUUUAGAUGCGUUUAAAACAUUCGCCAAAGACGCACCAAAACCCAACCUAAGUGACAUCGAGGAGCUAACUGUAUGCAGGGACAAAGAAAAAUGUGAAAAACCAUGUAGAGAUUGGUGUUUUGUUUCAAACAAGGAUAGGAAAAGCAAAAUAAUACAUUUAAAGGAUGAUAAAAUAUGGUAUAGAGUUUACGAGAUAAGUGAAAUUUUUGAUGUAUUUCGAAAGGAAGGAGUCGAUUCAUAUAUGCUUGUGAAUGGGAACACUGGCAGAGGUGCUAUUUACAUAUUUGAGUUUCCACGCGUACUUAUUGAUAUAAGUGCAGUUGAAGAGCUUAGAACUCACUACUUGGAUCAGAAUUUAGUCAUCGGGGCUGGCACCGCGCUUACUGAUUUGAUGGAGAUAUUUAAAAAAAUGGCUGAAACUUAUGAGAAUUUUUCAUAUUUGCAAAAACUCUAUGACCAUUUGGAUUUAGUAGCGCAUAUACCAGUGAGAAAUGUGGGUUCGAUCGCUGGAAACCUGAUGCUUAAGAAAAGAGAUGCGACUUUUGCAUCGGAUGUUUUUUUAUUAUUUGAAGCUGUUGGAGCUAUUAUGACAAUAGUUAGCGCAGAUAGUAUUCUGGACGUAACCCCUCAAGAGUUCUUAUCCAUUGACAUGAAAGGGAAAAUUAUUACGCAAAUAAAGAUUCCGCCACUCGCCAAACAUUAUAAAUUUAUUUCGUUCAAAGUUAUACCAAGAUCACAAAACGCCAUAGCCCAAGUACACGCAGCAUUUUUGUAUGAGUUAGACCCAGUACAGGAGCAAACGGUCAUAUCAGCCCGACUCGUUUUUGGCGGUCUAUCAGGACCCUUCACUCAUGCAUACAGUACUGAAAAUUAUCUGAAGGGACAAAAGUUAUUCGAAAAUCACGUGUUACAAUCAGCUUUAUCCAUUCUUAACGAUGAAAUUGUGGUUGAGGAAAUAAAGGGAAUGCAAAAACCGGAAUUUCGUAAGAAAGCAGCAUUAGGACUAUUUUAUAAGGGCUUAUUGGCAAUAAUUCCACCAGAAUUAUUAAACCCAAGAUAUCUAUCAGGGGCAAUAGACCUCCGUAAAAAUAGGCCUCUUUCUAAAGGUAAAGAGGUGUAUGACACUAACCCAAUAUUGUGGCCUUUAAAUGAGCCUAUGCCUAAGGUCGAAGCUCUAAUACAGUGUUCUGGAGAAGCAAUCUAUGUAAAUGAUGUUGAAACAAUGCAGAAAGAAGUAUAUUGUGCGUUUGUAACCGCCAAAAUCUUUAGCGGAGAUAUCGAGCAUAUAGAUCCUGCGCCUGCUCUUAAAAUUCCCGGUGUCGUUGCUUUCUAUACAGCAAAAGAUAUACCCGGAAAGAACAUCUUUGUGAGUGGAACUAUAACGGGCUAUAUACCAGAAAAAAUAUUAUCUGAUGGUAAAAUUGAUUUCUUUGACCAACCCAUUGGUAUAUUAGUUGCAGAAACAGAAACGAUAGCAAAAAGAGCAGCAACGCUCGUAAAUGUUACAUACAGGAAAGAAAACAGAAAACCAUUAUUAGAUAUACGCGAUGUUUUAGUUAAGGAUCCGAGCCGGAUUACACUUGUAGAAAAUAUUCCGCCGCUGAAAAAGCCUGGUACUGAAAUCGAAUGCAUCAUAAAACAAACAGAGAACAUAUUUUGGCAAUACCACUACACAAUGGAAACACAGAGCUGUGUGACGAAGCCAAGUGAUGAUUCCUUUGAUGUAUUAGCUGCUUCUCAAUUCCCUGAUAUGACACAUUUGGUCGUUUCGGCGGCUUUAGGCAUCGAACAAAGUAGAGUCAACGUGACAAUACCGAGAUGUGGCGGUGCAUAUGGAUGUAAAAUAACAAGAGUUGGACUUGUGGCAACUGCUAGUUCAAUCGUUUCCUAUCUUUUGAACCGACCAUGUAGGUUUAUUAUGGAUAUUCAAGAAAAUAUACGAAUCGUCGGAAAAAGAUUACCCGCCCAUUUGCAGUAUGAGGUAGGCGUAAACAGAUAUGGUGUAAUUCAGUACUUAAACUAUGACAUGUACUCAGAUACAGGAUAUGGGCAAUUUGAACUUGUUUCAUCCCUAAUACCACCCGCUAUUCGGAGCUGCUACAAUCACCUCACAUGGGAUUUUAGUGUAUAUAGAGUUACAACUGAUACACAUAGCAACACUUAUGCAAGAAGUCCAGGAAGUCUUGAAGGUAUAUGUAUGACAGAGCAUGUGUUAGAAAGAAUAUCCUACGAAUUAGAUAUUGAUCCGCUAGAAGUACGCCUCAAUAACCUCAAUCCGGAAUUCAUAGAUGUUAAAGACAUUCUGGAAACUUUAUUAAAAAACAGUGAAUACACAGAACGAAAGAAAGAAGUUGAGAAAUUCAAUUCUGAAAACAGAUGGAAAAAAAGAGGUCUCCGAGCCGCAAUCAUGAGUUGGCCUGCUCCAGAUCAAGUAGAUUAUCACAUCUACAUAUCAAUUUACCAUGGAGAUGGCAGUGUUAUAGUAAAGCAUGGUGGUGUAGAAAUCGGCCAAGGCAUUAAUACAAAAGUAAUACAAACCAUUGCUUUUGUGUUUAAAAUUUCUAUGGACAAAAUAAAAACAAAAGCAGUUGAUGUUGCAUCAGCCCCGAAUACCUAUUGUGCUGCUGGCAGUCGAACAACUCAAUCUAUUUGCUUCGGAGCUAUAAAAUGUUGCCAGAUAAUUUUGGACCGCCUGGCUCCAAUUAAAACUUCCUUGCAAAAUCCUACCUGGGAAGAAUUAAUACAGUCUGCCUAUUCACAAGGAGUUAAUCUACAGGCAAAUUAUCAUGUUACUACUGCAGAUCAGGAUCCAAUUAGAUCAGCUGGGGUUAGUCUCACCGAAGUUGAAUUAGAUAUUAUAACAGGAGAAUCAUUGGUUCUUCGUGUUGAUUUAGUGGAAGAUAUAGGGACUAGUAUUAAUCCGGAGAUUGAUGUUGGGCAGAUUGAAGGUGCUUUCAUAAUGGGUCUUGGCUAUUGGACAUCAGAGCACAUUAUCUAUGAUAAGGAAACGGGGCAAAUACUAACAGAUCGUACGUGGACGUACCACAUACCACAAGCGAAAGAUAUUCCUAUUGACUUUAGAAUACAGCUUCGAAGGAAUCAUAAUCCUGUUGCAACACUGGGAGCGCGAGCGGUUGCAGAACCAGCGACGUGUUUAGCAGUUUCGGUAGCUUUUGCUUUAAAAGCGGCACUAGCCAAUUCUAGAGAAGAAUCCGGCUACCCAAAGAAUCAAUGGUUUUCAGUUGAUGGACCUUACACGUUAGAAGCAAAUGUUCUAAGCGCCGAUGCAAAUUUAGAGGAGUUUCUAUUUAGAUAG